CCCCCCCCCCCCCCCCCCCCCCCCCCCCCCCCCGCGGACGAGUCGUCGGACAGCGAAGGGGAGCACGAGGGCCCCCAGAAACUCAUCCGGAAAGUGUCCACCUCGGGCCAGAUCCGCAGCAAGACGAGUAUAAAAGAAGGAUUACUACUGAAGCAAACCAGCUCUUUUCAGAGGUGGAAAAAGCGUUAUUUCAAACUUCGAGGUCGUACCCUUUACUAUGCUAAGGAUUCAAAGUCUCUAAUAUUUGAUGAAGUUGACCUGUCAGAUGCCAGUGUAGCUGAAUCAAGCACAAAAAAUGUCAACAACAGCUUCACGUCUCUAAUAUUUGAUGAAGUUGACCUGUCAGAUGCCAGUGUAGCUGAAUCAAGCACAAAAAAUGUCAACAACAGCUUCACGGUAUGGAACAAUUUUAACACUGUUUUUGAGGGCUGUGAAUAG